AUCGUGUAUCAUCUACAUACAUGUCAGUAGGUAGCCUACGUAACCUACUCGCCAAAGCGAUAUUACCUGUUCGCGAUUUUAUGUUUAGGUUCAACUCAUACAAGCUCCAUUUAGUUCCGUGCUCCAGUAGAAAAUGUCCUAGUAGCCUACCCUAUGUCUGGGGCUGACGUAACAUUAAUACCUACAACUCCCCAACUCCGUCUCUCCUCCUCUCCUCUGCUCUACCUCCUCAUCUCACUUCAGCAGGGAGGGGUAAGAAGACGAACGGUGGGGGCAAACUGAGAGCGCGCGGAGAGAGAACAAAAAACGUGACGAGGCACCUAAAGCUCUCUGUUAUGCAACUACUGACCUACUAACACACAUUCAACGACCGAGAGAUAGAGGGUAGGACACGGGAGCAAGUCUCCGACAUAACACGAGGACUCAAACCAAAAGUGGGAGACACGACUAGCGCUACAGCCAGCAUCAUUGACUGAGCCGGUGAGAGAGGAACACGGCAGCGUGUAACAUUUCCAGCCAAACCUGACCAGAGAAGCCGAAUGAGAUCGGAGGAAAUACGAAUUUAAACUCUUGAAACAAAUCUUCUUGGAGGAUUUUCUUUGGAAUCUGCUAUUUACGUCCAGACUUAUUCCCUGUGAUUGAGCGGGUGGUGUAGCCCUUGGAGACUGUUAAGCUGUGGAAAAAUCCUCAUCCAGACACAGUGACCUACUUCCUGUUAAAGACACCUGAAGCCUUAGGUCACAGCCUCGACUGCACGUCUCUGAAGAUUUGCGAACAAACAAAAACCUGUUUCAGCAAGAGUCUAGGAAUUCCUGCAGACUGAUUUGACACAGUUGUGCGGUGGGAAAACGGAAGAGGUUUCACACCAGCGCACCCUGAGGGGAGAAGACCUUUGUUUUCAAAGCUUGAACUCUAAAGAUUUGUUAAAUGAAGGAGGUUUAUGUUGAAUUCCACCUCUUCCUCAUCUUUUUGUCCAAUUUUGACACUUGAGGGAUCUGGGAGCUAAACCCAAACCAAAGAAACCAAGAGGAACACUUAUAUCAACAAGGUUCCUCCCCAGAGGAACAUAGGGACCUCCUCAAAAGUCAUUGAGUGAUCCUACCUUGAAGAAAAUAAUACCUACCAAACUGGCCUGACUUGGAAGACGUCAAAAAUGGAAAGCCUGAAUCUUCUCGUCGCGAACCCGAACACCGAUUUGGAAACGGCGUCAAACUUCAGUGAUUGUGAAACGUCAUCCCAAACCACCCCGGGCCGGCGCAUGUCCAAAUCCAAACUGAGCAUGUCCUGCCGGAGAAAGCGUGAGUUCAUCUCCGACGAGAAAAAAGACGCGUCCUACUGGGAGAAACGGCGCAAGAACAACGAGGCGGCGAAACGCUCCCGGGAGAAGCGGCGUCUCAACGACAUGGUGCUGGAGAACCGAGUGAUGGCCCUCAACGAGGAGAACGUGCGCCUGAAGACGGAACUCCUGCAGCUGAAGCUGCGCUUCGGCCUCAUCAGCACGGCCUCCUACAUGGAAAAGACCCAGCAGAUGAGCAGUGGGGCAGGAGCAGCCAAUGGCGGCACAUCCACGGGCGAUAGCACCCCUUCUACCAAGCCCUACUUCUCCAGCAGCGGCUACUCCAGUGCCUCACAAGUCAUGAUGAACUCGGAUUCCUCCGAAGCAGAGCAGUCCAGCCGAGGGGAUCGCCAAGUCCUCAAGUACUCCCCACGCGGCUCCCUGUCCGACAUGUCCGACGGAUCAUCUCGCGACAGCCCGGAGCCAGUCGACUACGAAGUCAAGCACGAGAGCGCGGGCAUGGACAUCAGCAGACUUGAGGCCAGCGUCAUUAACGGGAUGUUCAAUGGCCACCACAGCCUACACCAUCACCAUCUUCAGGAAAUGGAGCAACAGGACACUAUGGGCAGCCUCUCUUCCCAGUCCACCACGGCCCAGAGGAGUGUCAUUCUGUACCGGUCCAGCAGUGGCUCCUACUCUGCGGACGGUCAGAGGGCCGAAGAAAUGGAACAGCUGCCAGAGCCACAGCUCAAUGGCCCUCAGAUUAGGGCCAACCCAGAGAGCUUGGAAACCAUCACUGAGGUGGCCAAACAACUCGCGAGAAAGACUUUGGACUCUCCGCCCUAUGAGUACGGCAGUGGCCAGAUGGACGGGAUCUCAGAGCAGGGGCCACAGGCACAUCACCAGCAGGCGAGCGGUGCUCAAGGUCGGUGUGGGAAUGAAAGCCAAGAUCUCAACCCAAACACCUUUGCUCCCAACCUUCUCCCCAGCAGUGAGGAGGGCAAGGCCCACCUUUACCACUGCCAACAAUCCUACCUCAAUAACCUGGACGAAGAGCCACCAGUAUUAACGUACGAAGGGGGCCCAAGAACCGAGGCGUUCUACCCUGAGAACUCCUCGGGCAAAGACACUUCUUCCAGUGACGGAGACCCACGGAGCUCGGACAGAGAAGGCUCCACGGAUGACGAGUCUCCUUCCUCCUCCUCCUCCGAUACAGGUGGUUACCAGUGCCUGACGACAGCCCACCAGUCUACACUCUCCCCCACCGGCUCUACAGCAGCGAGCCAAAACUGGGAGAUUCAGUCUCUGCCUCACAAGCUGCGACUCAAGUACAGAGCGUUGUCCAACGGUGGUGCGCCGGCUCAAGUGGACUUCUUUUCCGGCACUCAUCCCACCCACACCACAGCUUCGUCACCCAGCCCCGCCCUGCCCCAGCACCCUUAUCUGGCCCUCGCCCAACUCAGCCAACAGCAAGGCCCAGCCACCAGCAGCAGCAGCAACAACGAGGCAGAAAUGGGGUCUCUAGAGAGGGCGAGCAGCUCUCCCGCUCAAGAAGCAGAGGAGAGAGGGAAGGACAGUGGGAAGAAGACCUCUGGUGGACGAGGAGGAAAGAACCAGAGGCAUGAGUGAAAGAGGAGGACUCUUGGACUGUCACUGGUAGCUUCCUGCUACUAUAGACUGGAGUCUCAACCAGUCCACACACAUAACCAAUGUAUAAUAGUCCAUCACUCAUCCUCCCACAGCAGAGGGUAGACAUUAUUGAAUAGUUCCUGGUUUGUGACUUUGGAUGUGGUUUUGUGUCUGGUACACUGCGUCACGUUUGGUCCAGACCCUAUGGUUCUCUCUUUCUCACAGAGAAGUUCAAUAGCACUUAUUGGGUCAGACAAGGUAUGCUCGUUAAGAGGAGCGGAACGCUUUCAGUUCAAUCGGAGAUUCAAUGUGUCGAAAGCUCAAAGCUGAAAAGGACGAAUCAACUCGUAGUCUGCAGCGAUGACCUGUGACCUGCAGGACUUCUGUUGAAUCUCGGAUGAACUCUAAAAACUGCUAUGGUCACAGCUGUCUCAACAGACAGACACUUAACAUUUCUCAAUGAGCAUCUUGGGGGACCAAGUUCCCAACAACGAGUUCCAUUCUUCACAAAAAAAAACAUCUCUUCCAUUUCUGUUUUACUUUCCCCCUCAACCCCCAUCCCUUUGGACAUUUUACAAGCACUUGGAUUGUAUAUUACUGUGACAUAUGAAUUUUCAAAUAUUUAAAUAUAUUUUUAAUGAAAAAAAAACAAAAAUUACCAAAAAAAGAAGAAACAAAGGAGAAACGGAAAGGGAGCAGAGAUUAAAAGGUUGUCCAUUCGUCUGUGCUGGAACUCUUGUAUAGUCCUAACCUGUUUAAUGUUCAAUUUAAUGCUUCCAGUUUCUUUUUUUGAAGUUCAUUUUUUCAACACAUACACACAGGUUUUUACAAGGUAUUAGAAUGUGUCCAUGUUCUGCGUUGUCUGGCCAGAUAUAGGACAUACCAAACUGAUUAGAUGCUCAACUGCUCCAGACGCAGAUUUGAAUUUGCUUAGUCACCAUUGACAAGAUAAGCAUAUGUAUAUGAAUAAGUACAUGAAUUAAAAGCCUGAACAUCUGCCAAUCUUCUUCCACGCGAAGACACACUUGACACUGAUUCGCGGGGGUGAUUCUUCACAGUUUUGGAUUUGGCUGUAGAUACAGAAAUAUGGCCUGUGUCAAAACAUAUCAUGAUGAGAUCAGGUUUCCGAAAACCUUGAUACUACCUCAGUAGAGCAGAGUGCUGGCGGGGCAGAGGGUACUCAAGUGUCUUAGUGUCUCACGCAUGGCAUGGAGUUUGACUGUCCAUGACCACCAAAUUUGAUUGGUCCUGAUUUAUUCUAUGGCUGUUUUGUAAUACCAUGGUUACAUAUUCGUACAAAUGUAUGUUAUCUGGUGUUUGCCAUUAUUGACCAUCGGGUCACUUACUCUUUUAAUUCUCAAAAGGUGCCUCUCUGUCUGGUGGACAACUGACACCUCUGCGUAGCGCCCCUAGUCCCACUGUAGUGUUUGUCACAUCGGGAUGCUAAAUGCUAAUCCUGCACUGUAUAAUUCGGUUUGUACAAUCUGUGUUUAAAUGUUUCGCUUUCAGGUGCCUGCCACUGGCCAUUGUGUAUAAAUGUAAAGUUUUCUCUCUUGGAUGAUGUUAUAAGGUUUAUUUUAUUCUAUUGUUAUUAUUAUUAUUAUUUUAUAUUUCAUAUUACACCAUUAUUAUUUUUGUUAAUGUAUUUUCUGUCUCUUUGUCUUUAUCCUCCACCUAUCUCUAGAAUGUGAUUCUUUAUGUAUGUACACCCCCAGCCCCAAGCCCCCCAAUGUACACCAGUGUACUCCGAUGUAAUGUGUGUUUGCCGAGUUUCAAGAAAAAAGGAAAAGUUCAAAAUGAAAGAUGGGUGACAAAAAAAAGAAAAUGAAAAAUAAAAUACUGAAUUUCUCAA